UCGUAAUUUUAUUUGUUUGGUGAUAAAACAAGUUUUAUUAAUCGUGUGCAACCCUUUGUACAAGCGUGUAUCAAGCUGAAUCGCAAACUAUAUUAUUGUCAAUCAUUGGAAUUGAUUGAAAUACUCCCUCUUUUAUAUUACGUGCUUAUAAUUACAUUUCUUCAAAAUGGUCUGGCUUGAAUCUUGUUGGUCGCCAUUUAUUUGGACAAAUUCCGUGAAAUCGGGAAGCUAUGCAGUAGCGGCGUACACCGUUGCCGUGUCAAUAGUAUUGAUAACUAUGACCACAUACAACCUACUGGGAGGCGAUUCCUCACAAUUAUACUCUCCUCUAUUCGAAACCGACAUUCGUGACUCGAUGCAGGUCGUUGGAGGAUUUUUUAUUUUAUACUUCAUCUUGCUCAUCAUAUCUGCUGGAGGCGUAUGCUAUUCUUUGAAAACAACUACUCGUGGAUGGAUGCUACCAUGGUUAGCCCUAUUUGGAAUAGCUAUUUUAUUUCAGUUUGUAUACGGUUUGUGGUUAAUCGGAGGCUAUUACAUUUAUCUACAACAAACUCUCUCGAGUCUUAUACUGUGGGUAUGGAUGGCAUACAACAUUUACUGUUGGAUGUGCGUUUAUUCGCAAUACCAAAUAUUCGAGAAUCUUCAAUCACCAAACAUUGAACUUCUGAUGCCUUAAAAAUUCCAGAAUCGUCCAGUGUUGGAGGAAAGAUUCUCCAUGCAUAAUUCCAUUUUGCCCUCAAGCAUUUUUCUAACACAAUAUCAACAGCAAAUUAUUAACGAAUCUUCCAUUAACAGUUAUCAUAUUUUUGAAAGCACGAUGAUUCUGUUUGAUGAAAGGAUUUAUGUAUUUUAUACACUUUGAAUUUUUCUAGAUAUUUCUUAUGAUUCCAUUUACGAAGGUACAAACGUAUUAGGAAUACAUAUUAUAUAUUUCAAGGUUAAGUUCGCAACAAUUUUAGACAUAUAUGUAGUAAUGUAGGUUAGCAUACUGACUGAAUGUAUCGCCGUCCAAGCAGCAACACAAAGACAACACUUUUGAAAAUAAAUUCUUU